AUGCAUCCCACCAACAGCAUUGCGGUCAUCACCACCGCCGUCCUUGCCCUGAGCAGCUCCGUCUCGGCCGCUAACAUUGGCCGAUGGAACAAGUGGAGCCGUCCCGAGGAAGCUUCAACUUCGACUUCUUGGGUGACGGUUUAUGAAACUCAGACUGUCACCUUGAAGGCGUCUCCUACCCAGAAGACCGUCUACAAGAAUGGUGGACAGCCAGCCAACAACGUCGCUGCUGAAGCCACUACUCUAGCUACCCAGGUCGUGGCUGCCGCCGAGACCCCGGUCGCUGUCGAAUCGAACCAGGGCGCGUCGGUCAACGUCCAGGCCGUCAACAAUGCCGCUUCCAGCUCCGCAUCGGGCGGCAAGCGUGGCUUCGCCUACAAUGAUGCUAACCUCGUCAACAACCUUGUCAACGGCGGAACCCGGGGUUCCUGGGCCUACAACUGGGACUCUGUUAGCAACGGCCUUGCCAGUGGCGUCGAGUUCGUUCCCAUGCUCUGGGGCGACCGCGCUGACCAUACCAACCGAUGGGCGAACAACAUUGAGAAGAGCCUCAGCGAGGGUGCCUCCCACAUCUUGAGUUUCAACGAGCCUGAUAUCGCCGCGCAAGCCAACCUCUCUCCCGAGGCCGCCGCCGCUGCCCAUGUCAAGUACAUCAAUCCCUAUGGUGGUCGUGCUCGCAUCGGUGCGCCUGCCGUAAGCAACAGCAACCUUGACGGUCAGGGUACCAGGUGGCUCAAGAGCUUCAUGAGCGCCUGCGAUCGUGUCGGUUGCAAGAUUGACUUCUGCGUUGCCCACUGGUACUCGCCUGCCAGCGAUCCUCAAUCCUUGAUCAACCAUCUCAACGAGGUUCACAGCAUUUGCGGAAACAAGCCAGUCUGGCUUACUGAGUUUGCUCCUCUCGGCAACGACCAGGAGAACGCCGCGUUCCUCAAGAACAACCUCGGCAGACUCGACGGCGAGCUUUCUUUCCUCGAGCGAUAUUCGUACUUCAUGGUUAGUGUCGGCAGCCUGAUGUCGUCGUCCACAAGCCUCAGCUCUCUGGGCCAAGCCUUCUUCGGCUAG